CUUCACCGCACGACCGGUUGUCGCUGCGUCGCGCCCCCCCCCCCCGCUGCGCCCACAGACGGACGACGGGACGCACUCCGAGGAUCACAGUGGAACAGCUAUCAACAUCCGUGGAAGAAACCUGUUUGAGGCAGGUCAACCCUAACGCAGCUGAACUGCCACACUGUGGGGCCCCAUCCCAUGCCCCUCUAUGGGCCAGCCGCUACUGGGUGUGGCAGUCCAGGGUGGUGCUUUCUCUCAUCAAAAAGGGGGACCAGAGAGUGCGUGCCAAUUACAGAGAUGGACUGGCUCACACCUGAGAUGUGAAGCGUGUUAUGUGAGCCAAGGCGUUUUCCCACCUCGCUGGUGGUGGGGAGAGAUGCUGCACUCCGUUGCCAUGACAGCAGAAGUUCUCUUUGUUCUGGGGUUUAUGAUUAGCGGCGCUCGGUGCAACCCUAUAGCGACCUUACCGGCCAGCCGAGAACGUCUGGAAUGGGUGUUGACCCAAGUCAGGGAGGAUAAACAUCGGGACCCAGAUGAGCCGCUGGGAUACGCCGCUCAAAUGAACGCUUUGGGCCCCAACAGGACCGCUGUGAGCGGGGGCAAGACGAACCUCAGCUCCCUCACACAAGAACCUAGGGGCGGGAAGUCCCAGGAGGUGUGGACCGCACAGGACGGCCAGAACCAAAUAGACGAGGGCCCCACCAGUGACGUCACCCUCUCCCUCGACGCCAUUGACGAGUACGCCUACCCAGACUACAGGGGGAAAGGCUGCAUGGAUGAGAGCGGCUUCGUGUUCGCCAUCGGCGAGCAGUUCACCCCGGGCCCUUCGACGUGCCCGUGCCUCUGCACAGACGAGGGCCCUCUGUGCACCGAGCAGGAAUGUCCCAAGAUUCACCCUCGCUGCAUUAAAGUGGACAGUAGCCAAUGCUGCCCGGUCUGCAGGGAGAAAAAGAACUACUGCGAGUUCCGCGGAAAGGUCUACGCCUCGCUGCAGGAGUUUAAGGUGUCUCCGUGUGAGAAGUGCCGCUGUGAGCCGAGCGGGGAGGUGCUGUGCUCCGUGGCGGCCUGUCCUCAGACCGAGUGCGUGGACCCGGAGUACGAGCCGGAUCAGUGCUGUCCCAUCUGCAAGACUGGGCCAAAUUGCUACGCGGACACCACAGUAAUCCCGGCCGGCCGAGAGGUGAAGAUUGAUGAUUGUACAAUCUGCUACUGCACAUACGAGGAGGGCACAUGGCAGAUUGAACAUCAGGCCACCUGCAGUAAGAACGAGUGCCAGCGGAGCUAGAGACAGGCACGGCAGAGGGGACAUUGGCACGAGACACCAGCGCCAGUCGGCUCCGGGACCUCCGGCCUUUCCCGCCGUCUACCGGACGUCGGGGUCGGACGGCAGCCCUCGACAGUUCAGCAUUUAUAGUCACUCCUGUAGUACCGAGAAAAAGCUUUUAUGAAAGUUUAUAAUCCACACAAAGAAUAUCUAUUUAUCUAUGUAUUUAAUUAUUUAUUAAUAUCCACAAAUAUUGGAGUCAUCAAUGCUGAAGUAGUGAACAACUAUUUUUUAUAGCCUCUGCAUUUUAUUAAGCAAUGUAUUGGACCAGAGGUCAAUAAACAGAAUGUAUAGAACACACACAGCUGUCUUUGGAGGUGAAAACCUCACUGUCUCGACAUGACACCUGCCCCUCUCCCACCCAAGUGCAGACUAGACUAUGUGCCAUCCAUUCGCUGUGGAGGACGAACACGUGCAGAGAGUUAAAAUCAGAAGGAAUUAGAGAGGACUUUUGACUGUUUCCUGAUUUCUUUUAUCUGUUCUGGAUGUUCGUAAGUGUUUUGAUUUGAAAGUGCUUUUUUGUAUAUCCCUUGGUGCCGUGUGGUCAUGUUUCAAAUAAACGUCAAUCUGGGCUCUGUAACUGCUCCAAUGGGA